CUUUGGGGAGCGGGGAGGGGCAGGUACCCGAAUUUGACAGGUAGCUGCUCCCACUUCCACUGCGAUCACAAGAUGUCCUCCCUCCCUCCCCGUAGUCUUCUGGGACAUGUGACAGGUUCCAGAAGACUACGGGGCCAUUCACAAAGCUCAGCACUUCUCGCACAUGCGCAUGUGGGCACCCAGCUGUGAUAGCUUGUGGCUUCACAGCCGGGUACCCACUGCGCAUGC